AUGGAUCUGAAAUUUGUAAUCCUCUUCCUUUUUCCCAUUGUCAUAGGAAGCCUGGGAAAUUUCUCCCUUUUAUGGCAUUCUAUCUGCCUUUAUUUCAGUGGGUGCAGGUUUAGGUCCACAGACUUUAUUCUCAGGCACCUGACAGUGGCCAACCUCUUGGUCAUUCUCUCCAGAGGAAUCCCAGAGACCAUGGCAGCACUUGGGAUAGAAGACUUCCUCAAUAAUGUGGGAUGCAAAAUGGUUUUCUAUCUUCAAGCAGUAGGAAAGGGUGUGUCUUUCAGCACCACCUGCCUGCUGAGUGUCUUCCAGGCCAUCACCAUCAGCCCCAGGAGCUCCAGGUGGGCAGAGCUGAAAGUGAAAGCCCUAAAGUGCAUUGGGCCCUGUCCUGUCAUUUGCUGGGUCCUGCACAUGCUGGUAAACAUUAGAGUUCCUAUGCUUGUGAGUGACAAAAUGAACAAUACAAACAUCAUAAACACUAUAGAUUACCAGUAUUGUUCAGCUAUGAUUUCUAGCAAAGACAAAAUCUCCAUUUUUGCAGCAUUGAGAUUAUCACAUGACAUUUUGUGUUUGAAACUUAUGAUCUGGAGCAGUGGCUCCAUGGUUUUCGUUCUGUACAGGCACAAGCAGCGAACUCUGCAUAUUCACAGGCACAAAAUCCCGUCAAGAUCUUCCGCUGAGACAAGAGCUUCUCAAAGCAUCCUCACGUUGGUCUGUGUGUUUGUAUCCUUCUAUGUCCUGUCUUCCAUCUUGAAUGUUUGGUUUUCUCUUUAUUAUGAAGCUUCUUGGUGGCUUGUUAAAAUUUCUGCCUUAAUCUAUGCUUGUUUUCCAACUCUUAGUCCCUUCCUUCUCAUGACUCAUGAACAGUGUGUAUGCAGGUUCAUGUGGAAGAAGUAA